AUGGAUUUUAUGAGAAAACAAAUUACAACAAGUAUAGUAAUUGUUAUUUUCUUUGUAUCAACAGUUUUUGGAAGGAAUAUUUUGCAAAUAUUGAGUGAAAAUGAAGAUGGAAUUUGUACAUCUAUGGUGGAAACUCAAGGCUAUGGUUGUGAAGAACAUAAAGUGACAACAGAUGAUGGUUAUAUUCUGAGUUUACAAAGGAUACCCAAGGGAAUAUCUGGAAAGGCAGCAACUAAUCCACCUGUUCUUCUACAACAUGGACUAUUAAUGGAUGGAAAUACAUGGCUGCUAAAUCCUACCGAUGAAUCAUUAGCUUUCAUUCUAGCAGAUGAUGGUUAUGAUGUUUGGAUUGCAAAUACAAGAGGAACUAAAUAUAGCCAAGGACAUACAUCACUUAGCCCUCAAGAUCCAGAAUAUUGGGAAUGGUCAUGGGAUGAAUUGGUGGAUUUUGAUUUACCUGCUACAUUUAAGUAUGUUCAUGAUCAAACUGGCCAAAAGUUACACUACGUUGGCCAUUCUCUGGGGACUUUGAUUGCAUUUGCAGCAAUUUCAGAAAAUAAGCUAUUAGACAUGUUGAGAUCAGCAGCUUUAUUAAGCCCAAUUGCUUAUUUGGGGCAAAUAAAAUCUCCUCUUGCAAUAAGUGCUUCUCAAAAUUUUAUAGCUGAAGGUUUGUAUUGGUUGGGAAUCCAUGAAUUUGAUCCAAAAGGAGAGGCUGUUGUCAAACUUUUGGAAAAAAUAUGCCAAGAUCCAGGCAACAAUUGCAGUGACUUGAUGAAUUCUUUUACUGGCCCAAAUUGUUGUGUGAACUCUUCAAGAACUGAUAUUUUUCUUGAGCAUGAGCCACAGGCAACAGCAACAAAAAACAUGAUCCAUAUAGCCCAAAUGACAAGAAAAGGGACUAUAGAAAAAUUUGACUAUGGAAAUGAUGAAGAAAACAACAAACACUAUGGGCAACCAAAUCCUCCACAAUACAUAAUGUCAAAUAUACCAAAUAAUAUUCCUCUUUUUUUAGGCUAUGGAGGGGCAGAUUAUCUUUCUGAUGUGAAUGAUGUGAAGAUUUUGUUGGAUAAAUUGCAAAAUCAUAAUCCAGACAAACUUGUAUUGCAAUAUAGAGAAGAUUAUGCACAUGCUGACUUUGUUUUUGGUACAAAUGCUAAAGAAAUUGUGUAUAAUCCUAUAAUGGCCUUCUUUAAACUUAAUUAA